UGUGUGUUUUCCUUUUGUAAACUGCAUAUCAUUUGUUUUUCAAAGUGAAAAGUUUUGGAAACACCCAUGGAAUAUUAAAAUACCAGAAUUUAAAUGUUCAUGUACUGUAUGAGGUGCUUAUAGUGCAAACUCCCUGUCAAAUAUACUUCUCUCUUUAUCUUUUGUUUUUGUGAAGUUCCAACCCGAUUUAAUAGGAACAAGUUUUAACUUUUUCUCUUUACCCUGCAUAGAAUUCCAGCAGUGUCUGUUCUUGUACUGUUUCCUUAGAAACUCGUUAUGUUGUUAUGUGCCCCCAAGUGUUACGUUUCAGCCAUAACUUGUGGGAUCUCCACAUAACCACUCAGAAAAUGAAAUUAAGGCUUUUUUUGUUUCCUACAAAGGAGUGAUUUCGAGGUUUAUUUUUAUGCAAAUAAUAUCUAAGUAUGUAGUAAGGCUUGUUUUUACUAUUGGGAUUAUUUUUGUUUCAUAGAAGGCAGAUGGCUUUCUCAUUUUCCUGCUUUGAUUGACAAAAAUGCUUGAUUAUUUGGUCAUGAAGAGAAACAAAUACAAUUUAACUGAUUUAUCAAUAUUGUCAGAUGUAUAAAUUUAGGUAUGAAUAUUUUUUAAUUUUUUAAAAGGAUUUUUAAUUUGUCACCCAUUUAAACCAGUCUUAGAAGCAUUGCAUUGAAAAAUUGUUUUCCACGGGUUCUGGAGUCUUAGCUGGAAGAUUUUUUUUUCCUCAGAGCUGAUGGCACAUCCUCUUGCCUCCCUAGACCAAGAGGUGGCAUCUCCUGUAUGCUACCAAGGCUCUCAGACUCCUAAGGCUCCUUGGGCUCUCUCUGUAGUCAUUUAAAAAAAAAAAAAAGUGGAGUUUUAUAUACCCGUUCUUAAAAAAAAAUUUAAACGAUACUGAAAUGUACAAAUUAAAAAUAGCCCAAAUCCACUCCAGAGAGAACUUUUUUGUGAAUCCCCUCUCAGUCACCUCUGUCAUCAUUUUACCUUUGAAAUAUCUUUAGCAACUUUGCAGAAAAUAAUUACCCUAAAGAGCAUUGUAUGCAACUGUCUAUGUGACUCUAAACUCCAUAAUCUUUGUUAAUAUGCAUGUAAUUAUGAUGUUACAGUUUAUGCAUAAUGUUUUUUGGUUAACAUUUCAUAUAGGCAUUUUCUUGUAGAAGUGAUGAUCAUUUUUAAUAACUACAUGGUAUUCAGUCAUGUUAGUAUAUAAUGGUAUUUUGAGUCAUUCCCCAGAUUGUUGGACAUUUGGGACACUUUUCAACUUUUUAAAAGUGAGUAGUGUUGUCAUUGCAUUUUUUUCCCUUUAGGGGGAUUGCUUCCUUGGGGAAUAUUUCUCAAAAUACCACUCAGAGAUUAAGGUUUUCUAGCUUCUAUUAAUCAUUGAGGCACUUACUGAUGAAGAUCAAAGACUACAGCCUUCAGUAUGGAUUACAACUCAACAUAAAGAAAACAAAAAUCACAACUGGAAAAAUAAGCAAUAUCAUGAUAAACAGAGAAAAGAUUGCAGUUAUCAGGGAUUUCAUUUUAAUUGAAUCCACAAUCAAUGCUCAUGGAAGCAGCAGUCAAGAAGUCAAAAGAUGCAUUGCAUUGGGCAGAUCUGCCGCAAAAGACCUUUUUAAAGUGUUGAAAAGCAAAGAUGUCACCUUGAGGACUAAGGUGCGCUUGACCCAAGGUGUUUUCAAUGACCUCAUAUGCAUGCCAAAGCUGUAUAAUGAAUAAAGAAGACCAAAGAGGAAUUGAUGCCUUUGAAUUGUGGCGUUAGCGAAGAAUACUGAAUAUACCAAUACUGAAUAUACCGUAGACUGCUAAAAGAAUGAACAAAUCUGUCUUGGAAGAAGUACAACCAGAAUGCUGGUUGGAAGCAAGGAUGGCGAGACUAUAUCUCACAUAGUUUGGACAUGUUGUCAGGAGGAAUCCUUCCCUGGAGAAGGACAUGAUGCUUGGUAAAGUGGAGGGUCAGUGAAAAGAGGAAGACCCUCAGUGAGAUGGAUUGACACAGUGGCUGCAACAAUGGACUCAAGCAGGGCAACAAUUGUGAGGAUGGCACAGGACCGGGCAUUGUUUCAUUCUGUUGUACGUGGGGUCACUAUGAGUUGGAACUGACUUGACGGCACCCAGCAACAACAAAUCAAUCAUUGUCAGAAGGACUCAAAAUAAUAACUUAAAAAAGUUCGUAAGCUACCUGAAAAGUGUUGAACUGACAAAUGUUGUGUUAUAAAUACUUUAACAACAGUAAAAAAAAAAAGGGGGGGGGGAAACCAUCUCAUCCGCUCGAGGAGUUAUAUAAAGUUUCCAUUUUCCUUUUUUUUGAUCUUUUAGAUCAGCAGCCUCUCCUUUGUACAAGGAAGCACAGAAGGUGUAAGUGGAGCUAUUGAGGCUAUGUUCCGCAUGCAGUUAUAGUCAGAUAAAGCUGGAGGACUUGACAAAUCCAUUUCAGAGGCUGUGUUCUUGCUAGUGAUGUCUGUAGUCUCAUUUCCUUUUUUAAAAAAAAAUGAUUUUAUUAAUUUUGUUGUUGAGAAUAUACAUGCAAAACACACGCUAAUUUAACUGAUUCUACAUGUACAAUUUAGUGACAUUGCUUACAUUCUUCAAGUUUGGCAACCAUUCUCUCCUUUUCUGAGUUGUUUCUCCCUCCAUUAACAUAAACUCACUGCCCUCUAAGCUUCCUAUUUAAUCUUUUGAGUUGCUGUUGUCAAUUUGAUCCCAUAUAGAUAGCUCUUAAAACAGCAUAAUGAUCAAGACAGACAUUCGUUACUUACUAAGCUAAACUAUUAUUUGGUUUUAAGAAGUCUUCAAGGGAUAUUUUUGGUUUAAGGUGUAAAGAUGAUCUCAGGGCAAUAAUUUCAGGGAUUCAUCCACCCUCCAUGGCUCCAGGAAGCCUGGAUUCUAUGAGAAUUUGAACUUUUCUUCUGCAUUUUCCCCCUUUUGAUCAGGAUAAUCCUAUGGAAUCUUUGAUCAAAAUGUUCAGUAAUAGUAGCCAGGCACCAUCCUGCUCUUGUAAUCUCAUGGCAAAAGAGGCAGUUGUUCAUGGAGGCAAUUAAUUAGCCAUACAUUCCAUAUCCUCCUAUUCCCUAACUCUCCUUCCUCUGUUGCUUCAGGUGAAUAGAGACCGAUCGUGCCUUGGAUGGCUCAUUUUCUUUUACCAGAUAUAUGGUGGGAAAAGUUUCCAGGGAUCACUAACAAAAGGUGUAGAGUUUGUUAUGAUAUCCGUGAAACUACAUUUGACCUUUGUCCUUAGUCUAGGGUUCAUUGACCUUCCUGUGAGCCAGAAAGGCAUCAUAUGUCCUUAGGGAACUCCAGUCCUCAUACCUAUUUCCCCAUUUUUAGACUGCAUAAGUAAGCAGGGCCCAGCUGAAUGAACAGGGCAACCAACAACAUUAGAGAAUUUUUUAUUAACAUAGUUUCUUGAUAAAGAACAAGAGCAGAGUGAAUUCCUAUUCAGAUUUUUCCUCUGACUUCUUUUUUGGACAUCAUAUUCUAAUGUUUAAAGCCCUGGAAAGCCUGAGCUGGAUUUCUAAGUCAGCUAUUAAGUGGAAUUAUGUUCCUGUGCCUCAAGUUUUCCAUCUAUUAAACAAAGCAUAAUGGCACAUAAUUAACAGUCCACUUCAGAAAGAUUCAUGGCCUAAUGCUUAUAAAGGACUUUGAGCUUUUCUCCGAGUGUUUUAUAUACAUUCAUGAAUAAUGACAUGGCUUGCUCUGUUUGGCAAAGGGCACAUGUAUUAUGCCUAUUGUAAGAUGAGAAAAGUGAGCCUCGUAGAGGGUAAUAGCUUGCUGAGAAUUAGAAGGUAAAUUUAACUUACCGUUAGUGGAAUUUUUCUUGGACUUUGUGGAGCAGUGUAAUCUAAAAUAAUUUCUGCAUGAGUAUGCAUGUGUAGGGAAAGUGGAUUUCAUAGUUUUUAGCAAACAUAACCUUUUGGGGGGUUAGACUACUCCUUUGUAAGGGAGAAUCAUAUUUGAUGAAUCCACUAUAGUUCUUAAAAAGCAUUAAAUAAAUAUGGAAGCCAGGGAUAACCUAUGAUUUUCAAAGCAAUUUUGAAAAGACUCCACAUCAAAAGCUAUUAAAUAAAUUGAGUCAGAGUGCGGUUGGGAGAAAUGUUUUUAAAAUCAGGAAUAGGGAGGGGACUGAGAGACAGAACAAAGAUCAGGAACCAAUGGCCAUUUCUGAGGAUACGGAUGUGACUAAACUAGUCUAAUGAUAUAUUUUUAAAUUAAAGAUGCAUAAGAGGUAGUACACAGUGAAAACUGCAAGUUUAUAGUCAACAGUGACUCUACUGGGACACUAAAAAGCCAAGCUGCUGAUUUUAAAUUUAUGUAAAAUGGCAAGAAAUUGGUUAUGAAUGAAUCCAUCUGUGCAUGCAGAAUAUUGAGAUUCCAGUUUUUGGCUCAAGAAAUUGAUUUAGGAAUUAUUUUAAACUCUUGCCUGAAAACAUUCAAUAAGUGUAUGAUUUGGAACUAAAAUGCUAACUAAAUCUUGACUGUUUUCAUAAAUAAUUCAGAAACGCCGUCUUACCUGUUUUCAUGAUACUUCAGCAUAUGAAAUAGUUUCUGCCUUUUUCAUUAGUGUCCCUUAAAGACAUAAUGGACUUAGAGCAAUAAAUAAAUUUAUCAGUUAAAUAGAAGAUGGAGUAAAACUCUCCACCCAACUCUUCAGUUUAGAAAAAUAAAUGCUGAAGAGACACAUGCACCAUCUUGUUCCAUGAUAUUCUAAGUUAAAUGAUACAAGGGAAACCAUUCAUUUUCACUGGGAUGGUUAGGGUUGUGUGUCAGCUUGGCUGGGCUGUAAUCUUCAGUGGUUUGGCAGUUAUGGUAUAGUUUGGUAGUUAUAUGAUGAUGUAAUCACUUCCAUAAUGAGAUCUGAUAUAAUGUAACCAUUUCCAUGAUGAGAUCUAUUUUGAGCAAUCAUUUGAAAGGGAGUUGUCUUAUUCGUCUAGUGCUGCUGUAACAGAAAUACCCACAAGUGGAUGGUCUUAACAAAGAGAAAUUAAUUUUCUCACAGCCUAGUAGGUUACAAGUCCAAAUUCAGGGUGUCGGCUCCAGGGAAAGGCUUUCUCUCUCUGUUGGCUCUGGAGGAAGGUCCUUGUCUUUAAUCUUCCCCAGUCGAGGAAGCUUCUCAGGCGUAGGGACCCCAUGUCCAGAGGACGCCCUCUGCUCCUGGUGCUGCUUUCUUGGUGGUAUGAGGUCCCCAACUCUCUGCUUAGUUCCCUUUCCUAUUACCUCUUGAGAGAUACAAGGUGGUGCAGACCACACCCCAGGGAAACUCCCUUUACCUUGGAUCAGGGAGGUGACCUGAGUGAGGAUGGUGUUACAAUCCCACCCUAAUCCUUUUAACAUAAAAUUACAAUCGUGAAAUGGAGGACAAUCACUCAAUACUGGGAAGCAUGGUUUAACCAAGUUGAUACACACAUUUUGGGGGGACAUAAUUCAGUCUAUGACAUUCUACCCUUUGGCCCCCCAAAAAUCACAUCCUUGCAACAUGCAAAACAUAUUCACCCCAUCAUAUCAUAGCAAAAGUCUUAACUCCAAGUCCAAAAUCCAAAAAUUCCUCUUCAUCUGUGAAACCUAGAAUACAAGUUAUCUGCUUCCAAGGGUACAAUGGCAGAAUAGGGACAAGCUAAACAUUACUAUUACAAAUGGGAGAAACUGGAGGGAAAGAAGGUAUAACAGGCACCAAGCAGGUCAGCAGAACACAUUAUAUUAGCCCUCAAAGCUUUGAAAAUAAUCCUGUGUUCUCUGAGACAGUUUACACAAUGGCCCUGCCCUCCAGACUCUACAUAUUGGCUACGCUCUCCGGAUUUUGAGUGGAGGCCACUCAGCCCUGGGCUUCAACUCCGCCUUCUGGGCCCACUGGGACAGCAACUCUGCUCCCUUGGCUUUAGGCCCACAAUUGUCUUAGUCCAUCUGAGUGGCAGCUCUACCCUUAGAAACACCAGAGGCCAUGGCUCUACCCUUUGAAAUCCCUGAGGUCAUGGCCAUACCUUUUGACACUAAGGCAGCUCAGCUUCUUGUGUUGUCUCUUCAGCUUCUGCUUCCUGGUUUCUUGGCCUCUCAGCUCCUCGGGCCUCCCACCUGCAUCUGCCCUGCUGGGGCAAGUGCUCCAAAGCUCUGUAGCUCCGCCGAUAAGUGCGGAGAGGCACCCCAGUCUUCCAGGGAGCCUCCUGUACACAGGCACUUAGCUCUCUGGCUCUGUGGGCCAGCAAGCCUAAUUCCAUCGAUAAGUGCCUAGAGACACCCCACUCCACCAGGAAGCCUCCUGCACACAGGCACUCAGCUCUCUCGCUCCACGGUCGGCUCUAGCACCGUCUUGUGCUGGGCUCCCGGUUCUGCUACACUUGGUUCUCUGCUGUUGCCGCUUCUCUUCCACUGCAGGUUUUCUGCUGCGCUGGUCCUCUGCCACUGUUGCAACUCUAUUCAGUUUCAAAACCGCUCCCACAUUUUAGGUAUUUGUUAGAGCAGCACCCCACUCUCUCAGUGCCAAAUUCUGUCUUAGUCAUCUAGUGCUGCCGUAACAGAAAUACCACAAGUGGAUGGCCUUAACAAAGAGAAAUUUAUUUUCUCACAGUCUAGUAGGUUACAAGUCCAAAUUCAGGGUGUCGGCUCCAGGGAAAGGCUUUCUCUCUCUGUUGGCACUGGAGGAAGGUCCUUGUCUUUAAUCUUACCCCGUUCGAGGAGCUUCUCGGGUGCAGGGACCCCAUGUCCAAAGGACGCCCUCUGUUCCUGGUGCUGCUUUCUUGGUGGUAUGAGGUCCCCAACUCUCUGCUUGGUUCCCUUUCCUUUUAUCUCUUGAGGGAUAAAAGGUGGUGCAGACCACACCCCAGGGAAACUCCCUUUACCUUGGAUCAGGGAGGUGACCUGAGUAAGGAUGGUGUUACAAUCCCACCCUAAUCCUUUUAACAUAAAAUUACAAUCAUGAAAUGGAAGACCACCACUCAAUCCUGGGAAGCAUGGCCUAACCAAGUUGAUACACACAUUUUGGGGGGACAUAAUUCAAUCCAUGACAGGAGUUUCCUUGGGGGUGUGGCCUGUAUCCAAUAUAGGUGGACUUUCUGGCGAAGCUUGUUGGCUUUUGCUCGCUCUGGAUCCUGCAGCUGGCCCCUGUUCAUCUGACCUCCAGUUCUUGGGUCUGAGCUAGAAGCUUACCUGCCAUCUGACCUUCUGAUCUUGGAUUCACCAGCACCUGACGCUAUCUGAGUCAGGAGAAGCCUCUAGCCUGACCCAGGAACUUGGAACUUUCUAACCUCUACAACUGCGUGAGCCAUUUCCUUUAUAUAAAUCUCUCUAUGUAUGUAUUUAUACACUGCACUGGUUUUGCUUCUCUAGAGAACCCAACCUAAGACAUUCAUAUUUUUUAUUCCCCAAUAAUGAUACCCCACUCCAAUAUUAUUGAGCACAUAUGGUGUACCAGGCUCUAUGCUAAGCUUUUUACAUCGAUUAUCCCAUUUAAUUUAAGAUUAUUUUCAUCAUUUUGUAGAUGAAGAGACUGAAGCUCAAGGAGGGUCUAUAACACUGGGUAAAUGGUAAGCGGUGGAGCAAUGCACUCUGACUUCAGAGCUCCCUCCAAGAGCUCUACUGAGCUCUACUUACUAGGCUGUGUGCCUCUUCUCUUUCUUUCUUAUUUUCCCUCCUGGUAAACAGAGUUGGGAAAUCUAGAAGGAAAUGUGAAGGUCUGCCUCAAACAAAACCAAAACAACCAGUUCCUCUGGGUACCACCCCAAACCCCUUAAUCUUGUAGAUCCUAAGUUGUCUUCAUAGCAGCACUGACAAAUAGAAAUGUUCUGUGAGUCAGUGCAAAUGGUUUGCACUCAGCUGCUAACCAAAACGUUGACAGUUCAAAUCAACCCAGUGAUGCUACAGAAGAAACACCUGGUGAUCUACUUCCGUAAGAUUAAAACAAAGCAUUUUGCCAUCAAGUUAAUUUGGACUCAUGGGGAUACCUUAUGUGUCAGAGUAGCACCGUGUUCCAUCGAGUCUUCAAUGGCUGCUUUUUUGAAAGUAGAUGGCCAGCCCUUUCUUUUAAGGUGCCUAUGGAUGGACUUGAAUGGGCCAGCCUUUUGGUUAGCAGCCGAAUGCUUAACUGUUUGUAUCACCCAGGGACUCUGUAAGAUUACAGCCUGUGAAAGCCCUAUGGAGUGCAGUUCUACUCUGACAUACAUGGGGUCGCCAUUAGUGGGAAUCGACUUGACAGCAGUGGGGUGAGGGGUGAGUGUGAGGCACAUAUGUAAUUUAAAAAUUUCUAGUAGCCACAAAAGUAAAAAGUAACAGGUGAAAUUAAUUUUAAUAAUAUAUAUCAUCUAGGCCAGUGCGGCACUGGGUUUGGUUUCGUGUUUUAGCCCAGUAUGUAAAAAUUAUAAUUUCAAGAUAUAACCUAUAGAAAAUUACUAAUGAGAUUAUAGUUGACCCUCUGUAUCCACGGGUUCUACAUUCAUAGAUUCAACCAAUCGUGCAUUGAAAAUAUUUGGAAAAAAAAAAAGAUUCGAGAAAAUUCCAAAAACAAAGGAGCAAUUAGCAAAGUAUUGCCUGUGUUCUAAAUGCCAACUCUGCUUUGCUGGUCGGCCCCUGAUCUUCAGCCUGGGUGUCCCUAGGUGAGCUCUGUGCCCACUCGGGUGCCCACAUGGUCCCACCACUUCCUUGAGUGGGAAGGGAAUAGCCAGGAAAAACAAAGCCCUCUUUUUUACCCACAUCCAACCCUGGUGGGAACCAGAACCUGCCAGAGCAUGUGCGCAUGCCCAGUGGACACCUCACAGUCUCCGCCCCAGCUCUAGCUUUAUAUGCAAAUACUAUGCCUUUUACAUGAGGGGUGUGUUAGGUCUGUAGUGCUGCUAUAACAGAAAUACCACAAAUGGAUGGCUUUAACAAGCAGAAAUUUUUUAUCUCACGGUCCAGGAGGCCAGAAGUCCAAAUUCAGGGUGCCAGUUCCCGGGGAAUGCUUUCUUUCUCUGUUGGUUCUUGGGGGAAGGUCCUUAUCAUUGAUCUCUCACUGGCCUAGGAGCUUCCCAGCACAGGGACCCUGGCCCCAAAAGAUGUGCUCUGCUCCUGGUGCUUGUUUCUUGGUGACAUGAGGUCACUAUCUCUUUGCUCCCUUCUUUGUGGCAUGAGGUUCCUAUCUCUCUGCUCGAUUCUUUUCCUUUUAUCUCUUGUAAUGUGGUUUAAUGUAGUAGGUGAUGCAGACCACACCCCAGGGAAACUCCUCUUAGUUUGGACCAGGACUGUGACCUGAAUAAGGGUGUUGCAUCCCAUCGUAAUCUUCUUUAACAUAACCUAAUCUUGCAUCAUUAACUACAGGCAGAGUUUAGGAUUUACAACACAUAGGAAAAUUACAUCAGAUUGCAAAAUGGAGGACAACCACAUAAUACUGGGAAUCAUGGCCUAGCCAAGUUGAUACAUAUUUUGGGGGGACACAAUUCAAUCCAUAACAAGGGGUUUGAGCAUCUGUGGAUUUUGGUAUCCUGGUGGUCAUGGAACUAACCCCCCACAGAUACCGAGGGAUAACUGUACUAGAAAAAAUUCAUGAGCUUGACAGGAGCACUGUAAUAUCUUAUGCAAUGUAAUGGAUAAAGUGAAAUGCCCUACCAAAACAAUGUGGUUGUGGUUAACAGAAAAUAUUUUAUACUGUUUUAGUUUUAAAUUAAAAUUAAGAAUUUAACUCUGCAGUUGUACUAGCUGCAGAAGGUACUGUCUGUCCCCAAAGGCCCAGGGACUCCCAGGUACUUUACCCCAACUUCUACCCCCUGGCCCCUCUCAGCCAUCAUUUCAUUUUUCUUGCCUGUGUCCAGUGCUACCAUGAACAGUUUCAUAGGUUAUACACUGUAAAAUACAGUUAUACACUGAGUCAUUCACAUGGUAGGCAUACUAGAUUUGUGUGUUUACUGCAACAGGUCUUUUGAAAGAUGGAAGUAAAGUCUUUAAAGGAAGAGACAUUUUUCCCUAAUUCAUGCAAAGGCAUUUUUUGAUGGUGGUGGUUCUUCUAUGCCUUUCUAGCAUUGCAAAAGUUGGACCCAUUGCGUUGUUCUCUUGUAUGCUCAGCACUGUCCUCCUGCCCACAGCUUGUGGCCGAAAGUACCAAAGCAGUCUCAGUCAACAUUGAGUGUCACACAGCCAGUCACUCUUCAUAGCAGUUUACCUUGAAGCCAUGUGCAUCUUAUUCAUAGUUUUAUCCCUGGUGUCAUUGGUGCUUAACACUUUUAUGGAUUUGAAUUUUUAUCUCAGUGUUGAUUCGUGGGCCCCUGUAUUGUGUCCUGAGUAGCCUUUACUGAUACCUGACCCAGGGCUGAUUUAUCCAAAUGCUGACAGGGCUCUCUGUUUCACAGAGUCGCAACUCACCCUUCAUGUGGUGUCCUUGUUCUAAUAAUAAUAACAAUUGUCAUUAUCAUUAUUAUUACUAAUAAUAAAAAAAAUAAUAGCUAGCAUUUAUUGAGCACUUACUUUGUAUCAAGCAUUGUGAUUAGCAAUUUAUGUGCAUUAUUUUACUGAAUCCUCACAAGCAUCUCUAGGUGGUAGGUACUAUUACUAUCCUGAUUUUACAAUGAGGAAACUGAGGCGCUGAAAAGUAAAGUAAUUUACCUGAGGUUGCACAGGUAGUGUCAAAGCUGAAAUUUAAAACCAGUUCUGUCUGACUUCAAAGCCCUUCUAUGCUUUAAGUACCAGGACUCGGCUUCCCCUUUUGGUAUCUGGGCCUUGCUGACAAGUGACACACGGUAGUGGACAUAUAUUAUUUGUUUACCCAGACUUUCUUCCUUUGGGGAAACACUCUAUCCCCAGUUUAUGUGGUUUGGGUGGAAUUUACACUAACCCUAGGUGAGGCAUUUGACUCAGGUUUGGCCAGUCGGAGAAGUUCCUCUGCCUGGCUAAGUGAUUGGUUCAAGGUUCAGCACAUGACUCAAGUUGGCUGAAUCAGGAUCCUUUUCUGUUAGAGUUUAGGAAAGGACGCACUCUUUUCCUCUGGGAUUUUUUUGCUGCUGGAGUGGUGUCACCUGGAGCUCCUGGUAGCCAUCUUUCCCUGUUCCAUGGAGGAAGCUAUUUGCAGUAGGAGAGAAUGAGGCCAUCUUGCAGAGAGAAGUAGCACCAAGCAGUAGGGAGAGCACAGGCAGCAUUUUUGAACUCCAGGACUCAGCAGUCUACUUACAAAAGAUCACAGCCUUGAAAACCCUUUGGAGCAGUUCUACUCCGCACACAUGGGGUCGGCAUGAGUUGGAAUCGACUCGACAGCAACUAACCACCACCACAACAGCAGACUGUGUACUAUGUUCAGCUUGAGCUUUCCCUUUCAGGUCUACAAGCCCUGUCCUCGUGGAAGGAAGGAGCAUACCCAUAUCCUCCCCUCUGCUCCUCUGUCCCCUCUACAUGGCACAGCCCACACACAUGGAUCUGGGUGGGAUAAGGGUUGUGCCAUGAGUGUAGCAUUAGAGAAAUCUGUUCUUCAUAGACAUCUGCAAACUACUUGUCAACCUACUCUUUGAAUGCUCAUCAAAGACUGUCCAAUGCAUAACUCAUCAGACCUCUGACACCAUCUGCAACCUCAGCCAUCUUAGGCCAGUGCCUUGCCUCUUAUUCCCAGUUUCCUUGGCUACUAGCCUUUCUGAUCAGCUGUCUUCUUAUGUACUGUCAACCCCCCUAUGAUUCUGAACUUCCAUCCUUCUGCUGGCUUCCUUCCCAAAUCUUUCCAAUGGCCCUCUGAGAGCAUUGUUCUAUUGUGACUCAACUCUUCCACACUCUAGCCACCUCAGAGAAUGUGAACACUCUCUUCCCUACAGCUCUCUGUCCCUUAGCCUCCUGGCUUUUCUGUGGUGCUUCCAGGUCAUCACAUUUCUGCCCUCAUGCAAAAACCCUUCCUUCUUUAUGGUUCAAGCCCUUCAUGCAAAUACUUUCCCAGUCUCUUCUUUUGCCACCAAUCCCUUGGUCAUUCUCCUGAUAGAGUCACCUGCUUUAAGGUCUUCUAUCCCAACUCUGCCUGUCAUUUCUGCAUUCAUAUGUACAACCAGCCUUAUAUGUCUGACUUUGAUAAAUUGUGAAGUUGCCUUGGGGACAGAAAGGGAGUAGUUAAUUGUGACAGGAGUGGAAAAUAAAGGAGUCUUCAUGAAGGAGAUUACCUGUGAUCAGGACCUGGAAAAAUGAAUAAGAUUUCAACAGGUGGAUAAAGAGGGAAGAAUCAAGUAGAGAGAACAGCUUGAGCAAAGGCUUGGAGGUAUGAAAAGGCCAGUUGUGUUUACUUGCUUGAUCACUUGGAAAUAAGUGGUGGAAAAUGAAGAGGGGCCCAGAUUGGAUUGGACAUGAGUAUAUUUACUUAAGGUUAAGGAAUGACCCUAAAUAUGGUCCAAGCAAGAGAAUGCAAGAGAAAGAGCAGCCUUUAACUAUAAAAGGAGAGGAAGUACUUUGAAAAAUUUUCAGGAUUGGAAUGAUAUUGUAAAUGCCAAGAUUAAAACUUUGUUGGCUUGAUUCUAAAAGGGAAAGAGGAGCUAUUAAAGCAGUUUAAGAAAGUUCAUACUAAGGCUAUGUGUAUGUAGGUAGAAGAGAGAGUGGAAGAAGAGGUGGAAGGGUUUGCAGAGCAUACUGGUUAUGCAGGUGCAGAGAGCAGAGCAGGGCCACCAGGCAGGACAUUGAGGCAUUACCUGCUGCUUAGGAGAUAGGAGAGAUUGAGGCCCUGUCUGGUGAUGGGAGAUUUAAAGGGGCGGGGUACUGGGAGAAAGUGGUAGGCUACCUGAAAACGCUUUAAAUGAGAAUCAGACAGCUGCAUACUAGAUAUGAAUCAAAUUACUUGGCUUUUUAAUUAUAUAUAUAAAGAGUAAGAUAACUUAUUUAUUUCAUGAUAGUGAAGAUGACUUAUGUAAGCUUAAGAUGUUUCCCAAACUGUGUGUUUUAUAGAGGGAUGUUAAUAAGGUUAAAGGGAAAUACAGUUCUGGGAUCAAAUAAGAUGGGGAAAUGCCGCAUUCUGUGUGGUUCACAGAGCCUAUUCACAUAUUAAAGACUCUGGGUAAGGCAGACAAGAAACCAGUUGGAUAUUUUUUAACCCAGCUUUUCACAAAUAUAUUUGUUUGUUGGUUCAUUCAUUCUUUUAUUCAUUCAACCAUUCAUUCAACCAGCAUGCUAUAAACACAUAGUAUGAUAUUAUGUGUUGGGCACUGUGCUGGCUGCUGGUCCUACAGUAGAGAAUAAAGCCAGCCAGCUAGUGCCUGUGCUCUUAUGAGGUUGUAGUGUGAUAAAAGCUUGUGUUAUCAUUUGACAGGUCCUAGUGUUCUGAGCCUGGAGCCCCAGUAGCAUAGUGUUUAAGAGUUUGGCUGCUAACCAAAAGGGUCGCUGUGAGUUGGAAUCAACUCAGUGGCAGUGGUUUUUUUUUUUUAUUUUAGUGUUCUGAGAAACAUUGGGAAAUCUUGAGUUAAGGCGUUAGGUAUUCCUGUUUGUGCUCUGGUAGGGGAUUGUCCAUUUCAUCUGCCUGUCAGUCUGUCUCCAUGUCUCUAUCUUGUAACAACUCUUCCCCUUCUUUACAGAAUGUUUCCUGUGCCUCUUGUCUUGGGCGUGGAGAGAGCUGAUGAAAAGAAUAUUGGGAUUUUCAAUGGCAGGAGAAGGAAUGAUCAGAAGACCGAGAUGAAUUUGAACACUAUUCUAGAAGAGAUUCUUAUUAAAAGAUCACAGCAGAAGAAGAAGACAUCACCCUUAAACUACAAAGAGAGACUUUUUGUACUUACAAAGUCCAUGCUCACCUACUAUGAGGGUCGAGCAGAGUUCCCAACACAAGGGAGAUGCUGUUGUGUGAGAAGCUGGAGGGAAGGGAGAGAAGGAAAACCAGGAUGGCCCAAGGCAACUACAGGAGAAAAAAAAAACAGAAAAGGGUUUAUUGAUGUUUCAAAAAUCAAGUGUGUGGAAAUAGUGAGGAAUGAUGAUGGUGUCAUUCCCUGUCAAAAUAAAUAUCCAUUUCAGGUUGUCUAUGAUGCUAACACACUUUACAUUUUUGCACCCAGUGCACAAAGCAGGGACCGGUGGGUGAAGAAGCUAAAAGAAGAAAUAAAGAACAACAAUAAUAUUAUGAUUAAAUAUCAUCCUAAAUUUUGGACAGACGGAAGUUAUCAGUGUUGCAGACAAACUGAAAAACUAGCACCUGGAUGUGAGAAAUACAAUCUUUUGGAGAGCAGUAUAAGAAAAGCACUACCUCCAGCACCGCAAACAAAGAAGCGAAGGCCUCCCCCACCAAUUCCUCCUGAAGAAGAAGAUAAUAGUGAAGAAGUAGUUAUAGCAAUGUAUGAUUUCCAGGCGACAGAAGCACAUGAUCUCAGAUUAGAGAGAGGCCAAGAGUAUAUUAUAUUAGAAAAGAAUGAUGUUCAUUGGUGGAGAGCAAGAGAUAAAUAUGGAAGUGAAGGCUAUAUCCCAAGUAAUUAUGUAACAGGAAAGAAAUCAAACAACUUAGAUCAAUAUGAGUGGUAUUGCAGAAAUAUGAAUAGAAGCAAGGCAGAGCAACUGCUCAGAAGUGAAGAUAAAGAAGGUGGUUUUAUGGUAAGAGACUCCAGUCAGCCAGGCAUGUACACUGUCUCCCUUUAUACAAAAUUUGGAGGAGAAGGUUCAUCAGGUUUCAGACAUUAUCACAUAAAGGAAACGACAACAUCUCCUAAGAAGUAUUACCUAGCAGAAAAACAUGCUUUUGAUUCAAUUCCUGAGAUUAUUGAAUAUCAUAAGCACAAUGCAGCAGGGCUUGUCACAAGGCUACGGUACCCAGUUAGUAUAAAAGGCAAGAAUGCACCAACGACUGCAGGAUUCAGCUAUGAAAAAUGGGAGAUUAACCCUUCAGAGCUGACCUUUAUGAGGGAACUGGGGAGUGGACUGUUUGGAGUGGUGAGGCUUGGCAAAUGGCGGGCCCAAUACAAAGUAGCAAUCAAAACUAUUAGGGAAGGUGCCAUGUGUGAGGAGGACUUUAUAGAAGAAGCUAAACUGAUGAUGAAACUGACACACCCGAAGUUAGUACAACUUUAUGGUGUCUGCACACAGCAAAAACCAAUCUACAUCGUUGCUGAGUUCAUGGAAAGGGGCUGCCUUCUGAAUUUCCUCCGACAGAGACAAGGUCAUUUUAGCAGAGAUAUACUGUUGAGCAUGUGUCAGGAUGUGUGUGAAGGGAUGGAAUACCUGGAGAGGAACAGCUUCAUCCACAGAGAUCUGGCUGCCAGAAAUUGUCUAGUAAAUGAAGCAGGCAUUGUGAAAGUAUCUGAUUUUGGAAUGGCCAGGUACGUUCUGGAUGAUCAGUACACAAGCUCUUCUGGUGCUAAAUUUCCUGUGAAGUGGUGUCCACCCGAAGUGUUUAAUUACAGCCGCUUCAGCAGCAAGUCCGAUGUUUGGUCAUUUGGUGUUUUAAUGUGGGAAGUAUUCACUGAAGGCAGAAUGCCCUUUGAAAAAAACACCAACUAUGAGGUGGUAACCAUGGUUACUCGCGGCCACCGACUCUGCCGGCCGAAGUUGGCAUCCAUAUACGUAUACGAGGUGAUGUUGAGGUGUUGGCAGGAGAAACCAGAGGGAAGGCCUUCCUUUGAAGAUUUGCUGCGCACGAUAGACGAGCUAGUCGAGUGUGAAGAAUCUUUUGGAAGAUAAAGUGGUGUUGUGACCGGUGGCUCCCAGAUUCAAAAGCACGUGGAAGAAAUGGCACUUUGUGGUUUUUAAUUUAUUCAGCACCUGAACGUGCAGAUUGUUUUACUUAUAAAAUGGAAACACCUAAAGCAUUUGCUUCCAGACUAACUUUACCUCUAAGACUGUGGCCAAGUCUUCCAGAUUAUGAAAAUGCUGCCUGAGAGGUGGUGAUUAAAAGCGUUCACUUUUAUUCAUUCCACAGGCACUCGAGUGCCCAUUAUGUGCCGGGCACUAUGUCCAGGCUCUGGGGCUCGCCCCAGUGUGGGGCUGUACAUGGGGCCAUGUUAGCUGGUGCCAGUGGGAGGCCAGGGUAUUUGGGAAGGGGAAGGGUAUUAGAGCCGUGUUUCAGCAGCCCCUCUCCUCCCUUUGACUUCUGCAGAAAUCUGGGCCCAGGGCAUUGUCUAGAAUGUGGGUUCUGAGUGAAUCAGGAGUCCACCUCAGAUCAGUACUGAAGUUUUAUUUUGAACAAAACUAACUGCUCUUAGUAUUACAUUGAAAAAUAUGUGCACGCUGUA